AUGGAUAUGCCAGUUAAUGUACCAAUUGAUGAUCCCAAUGCCGAUACAGAGUGGAAUGAUAUACUCCGCCAACAUGGAAUUAUACCUGAAAAGCCGCCGUCCCCCACGCCGAUUAUAGAAGAAGCUAUCUUAGAAGCUCGUAAAAGAGAACAUGAGAACCGACUUGAGGAUAAAGAUUUAGACGAGCUGGCUGCGCUAGAAGAUGAAGAAGAUGAUGAGUUUCUUGAAAUCUAUCGUAAAAAGCGUCUUGAAGAACUUUCAAGGUUGCAGAAAGCAAGUGUUCAUAACCAAGUCUAUCCCCUUCAGAAACCCGACUACUCUAGAGAAGUCACCGAGGCGUCGUCUAAAUGCUUUGUCCUCGUGAACCUGACCUCGUCGAUGGGCACAAACGUUGAAUCCCGGGUUCUAAGUGAUAUAUGGCGACAGCUUGCGGAAAAAUAUGGAGAUAUUAAAUUCUGUGAGAUUCGCGCAAAUCUGUGCAUUGAAGGUUAUCCGGAGAAAAACACUCCCACCAUUUUGGUCUAUAAGGACGGGGAUAUUAAAAGGCAAAUCGUUACUCUUAGAGAACUCAAUGGACCACGGACGAGAGUCGAAGAUCUUGAGAAGGUCCUUGUCUCCUUAGGGGCACUUCAAGAAAAUGAUAGCCGCCUCAGAAAGAAAUCUGAUACUCCGCCGAAAAGUGAUAGUGAUGAGCAGUAUCUUGAUGAUUGGGACUGA